UCUAUCGCAUGGGGCUUGCACGUUUUUUGUUUUUUAUUGUAAACAAACCCAAAGAAGAACGAGCCUAAACAAAAUGGGAGCCUUAGCAGAGCUUGCAGGCGACGAGAAGAAUGGCGAGGGAUCCCGCACCUUUGUGUUCCUGAACGAGGGACAUACACUGGGCAACGCUCUGAAGACGAUUAUUGCCCGGUACCCAGAGGUGGACUUCUGCGGCUACACUAUCCCCCAUCCCACCGAGCAGAAGCUGCACUUCCGCAUACAGUCACGCCGGGACCGUGCCGUAGACCUUCUCAAGCGCGGCCUCGAGGAUCUGGAGGCUCUGUGCGACCACACUAUAGACACCUUUGGGAAGGAGAUGGAUAACUUUAAUGCUAUGAAUGCCAGAGUGGGACAAGAAAGUACAUAAGUGAUUUCUAAACGA